UAUUGAUGGUUCGGACAUCGUUACAUUUUAUACAAGACCAAAUAUCUUAAUAAUUAUGUUGGUAUUUUAGCAGCCGCUAUGUACUCAACUUCAAGAAGAAAGCUCAUUGUGUCGGCUAUUUGCACGAUCGUCGCUGGAACAUGCUUUUACAUCUCAUUCUGGCAGCUUGAUACUUUUGAAGACUAUAAACCAAUUAGUAUACUGUACAAUUUACCAAAGCACUCUACAUUCACAACGAAUAUAUCAAGACCAAGCUUUUUAAGCAACAGUAAAUAUAAGCCUUCACAUGCAUAUACAGACAAUUGUACUGAAUGGACAAAUCAAGAUUACAACGACAGUUUAAGAGUACGACUACAUUGCUAUGAAUUUAAUACAAAGAGAGAAGGAAUCUUAAAUAUACAAAAAGAGGAGAGCGAAGUAUUUUUUGUUUCUUAUAUUAAUCAAUCGUUACAAUAUGGAAGAGAUAUAUGCGUGAGGCUUGAUUCUUACGUUUUGAACGGUACAGCUGUAAAGCCAACGAACGGAGGAGAUUUCUUUUUUGCGAUUUCCAACAGUAUACGCGUUGGAAAAGAGAAUUUCAGCACGGCCGGAAAGGUAAUUGACCAUUUAAAUGGUUCCUACUCUUUUUAUUUUACGGCCGCAUGGUCGGGUCCUACAAACAUCUCUAUCUUAAGGGUCCACUCUUCUGAAGCAGUUGAAUGGAUCAGGGAGAUAAUGUGGACAGUGGAAAGGAGACUAUUCUGGAAAGGGAUUUACAAAUGUCAACAGAAACUCCAAGAGGAAACUCUAUGUUAUGUUGAUAGACAAAACACUAACAAUGACAAUUCUAGUAAGUUGUGUUUGUAUCGUAAUGUAGAAGCGCUUGGUAAAACAACAUUAACUUGUCGGAAACCAGCAAUAUGUAACUGUAGCCAGUUGUCAUCAUACAAAGGAGCUAAGAAAAACAUCCUCAAUGAAGCAAAGUCUUUUCUGAAGAACAGAAUGAACCUCUUUAAAGGGUACGUGUUUUUAAAUAGCUAA